AUGCAUGAGUAUUCUGAAGAAUCAAGUGAUGAUUUAUCUGAUUUUGAUGAUAUUGAUUUGAACGAUGAUCUAGAAGGUGAUGAUAAAAUUCAUUCGGAUGAUAAUGUAGGUGAUGAUGAUACUAAAUCCUUUAAUAAUUAUAACUGGAUAAAAGAUGAUAUAACAGCACACGUACCAGACUUUAAAGGUGCAUUUGGUUUAUCGGAUAAAGUACAUUUACCUUCUUCACCAACACCCAUUGACAUUUUUACACUGUUUUUAACACCAGAUAUUAUUGAAUACAUUGUCGAGCAAUCAAACUUAUAUCGAGUACAACAUAAGUUAAAGCAAAAACCUAUGGAUGAAUUAGAAUUGUAUAAAUUACCUGGAUUUCUUUUUUAUGCUUCGCUUAUCAAACUUUCAAGCAAAGGUGAUUAUUGGUGCCAGCUGUCUAAACAGAAUAUUAUUGUAGAUAAUAUUUCACGUAAUCGUAUUGAUGAAUUAUUGCGAACAUUACAUUUCAACAACAACAUUUUGAAUGCUGAAAAAUGUGAUAAAAUUCAACCAUUACUUGAUAUAUUUAAUGAACGUUCUAAAGCAUUAGUUCAUCAAGAAGAAUAUAUAGCUAUCGACGAACAAAUGGUAGGAUAUAAAGGAAAAACUGCUCCAACAUCUUUAAAGCAGUAUAUGCCUAA